AUGGUGCUAGUCUGCUAUUGCGACGACACUUAUGCACUAUUUCGGGGACGGACUUUUCAGGCGGCUGCGCGGCUGGCGGAGGUGGGAUCAUCCCUCAUUGUCAGCCGCAUAGAGCGGUUGGGGCUUAGGGUACGCUUAAGCAAGACCGAAGCCCUGCUCUUCCGCGGACCCGGGAGGAGAGGACCCCCACCCGGAGCUCGACUCCUUAUCGGAGAGACGGAGGUCAGGAUGAGUCCGACGCUUAAAUGUCUUGGGCUCAUCCUGGACGGGAGGUGGACCUUCGGCCCACACUUCCAACAGCUGGGACCGAAGGUCGUGAGGGCGGCGUCAGCGCUGGGCCGGCUCCUGCCUAAUAUAGGAGGGCCCAGCGAAGCCUGCAGGCGGCUGUACUCCGGAGUCUGUCGGAGUAUAGCCCUGUACGGUGCCCCAGUUUGGGCGGACUCCCUCACCGCUCGCAAUAAGGCCCAGCUGCGAAGAGCGCAGCGGGUCAUAGCGGUGAGGGUGAUCAGGGGGUACCGUACGGUCUCCUGGGUGGCAGCUACUGCCCUGGCGGGAGACCCGCCGUGGGAGCUUGUUGCGACGGUCUUCGCCGAGUUGCACCUCCUCGUUUCAGAGAGGAGGUCGCGGGGCGAGGACUUGCAAUGGGAGGAGCUCCGGCGGGUCCGAAGGCUAGGAGAGCAGUGGCUGUUGAGGAGGUGGGAGCGUAUUUUGAAAAACACUCCCCGGGUGGGUCUUGGUGGUCCGGUGGACACCAGGGAAUCCCACACCUCUUCGGAGGUCUGUCGGACGUAUACGGGGCCGGCACAAAAUGCGUUGGAGGGUGUGGAGGCCGCUGUGGCGGCGAGUGGUAGUGGUGGCGCGACUUCGGGCGAAUGUUCGAAACCGGCGCUCCUAACCGCGCCGGUGGCGGAUAAAGCAAUGACGAAUGAUGACUCCAGACAAGCGGCUCGAACGCCGGUUGUACAGCUGGAGCGGAUGCCGGAUUUGGACCAUGACUUGGCUAUGACAACGGCGAGCGAGGGAGAGGGUGGUUCGCGUGUGGUGACGCCCGUGUCCACCAGGAAAAACCCUGGGUUUUUCUUUAAACCAUGUAGUGGCAGCGACGAGAGCGGCAACGAGUCCGCCGCCUCUCGAAACACGGACAAGGACGCCGAUGGGGCGAAAGAUAGGUUCCGUCUCAAAAGACGUGGCAGUACGCUGGAAGACAGCCCGGAGAAGGAAAGAGGAGCGGUUCCCAAAUCCUCCUCCAAACGUGGUAGAGGGAGGCCUCCCACGACUGGAAUGUACGUUGGAUUGGCAAAGGCCAAAAAAGACUAUAAUGACGAGGAAAUGCGAGCUAUACAGCUCGAGACUGAGAAGGAGAUCCUAGAGUCUGGCAGGAGAAUACCGCUGUUCCGCUCUGGCCGGCUGUCGGUUAACUCCUCUAACUCGGACGUGACUGUUGUGGAAGAUCAGGAAGUUACGGCGGCUUCUGUAGGCGUCGUAAUUACUGAAAGUCUGGGGGCCAUUUCCAGCGUGGCCCGGAAGUCCAAAAACCUGAAGGGGACUUCUGUCGCUGCUCUCAAUAAAGCGACCCAGGCCCUAAGCGAGGCUUUUUCGGCCAUUAUGAAUCGGUCGGUAUCGGACGAGACGAGAGCCCUUGAGGCGGCGAACGCACGCCUCUCAAGGGAACUCAACGAACUCAAGAUAGAACUGGAGGCCGUCAAGCGCAGGCUCGCUGACGCCCAACCUCAGCCCGCUCCCGUCACUAAGGGAAAGGAGCUGGAUGUGGAAGAGCUCUUACAGCGAGCGGUGCGCGAGGCGGUCGCAGUGACCAGUGCCCGGAUUGACGCGCGGAUAGAGGGUCUCGAGGCCCGACUCCUGCCGGAGCCACGCCUGAGGCCUCCUCUAGCCGCAGACCGGAAGCGUGAUGAAGCCCGAGAUGCAACACCAACAGCGUCAAAGGCGAAGGAGAGGACUCCAGAGCCGGAGCCCGCGGUGUCGACUCUGUCGCCUCCGCUCAAUCCCGGACCGGCUCUGAAACAAAAGAGAAAGAAAGUUAAAAAGUCGGCCGCAGCUGUAGAAGCGGCAGCCGCGAGGCGCGACGCUGCCCCAACUACGGCGGCGCUGGGACCAAAUCCGACCACACAAUGGUCGGAAGUGGUCAGAAGAGGAGGAAAGGCACAGAAAAAGGAAGGGAAUAAGGAGACGAAGAAAGGAAAGAAGAAGAAAAAGAAGAGAGGAAAUCUCCGCACUCCAAAGUCCGCUGCGGUGGUAAUAACGCUGCAGCCUGAGGCGGAAAAGCGAGGCAUGACGUACAAAGACGUCAUGGAGAAAGCCAAGCAACACCUCGAUCUUGUUGCUUUAGAGGUCCCGCAUCUUAAGUUUAAGCGGGCCGUUACCGGGGCUCGCAUGUACGAGAUACCCGGGACGGCCAGCAAAGAGAAGGCCGAUACCCUCGCGAGGAAAUUAAAGGAAGCUCUUGGAGAGGAAGAUGUCCGCAUUUCUCGGCCGCAGAAAUGCGCCGAGUUGCGGAUAGCAGGCCUAGACGACUCCGCCUCUGCGGCAGAAAUCGCCGCGGCAUUCGCAAGAACUGGUGGCUGCGCGGUCGAUGACGUGAAGGUUGGCGAAAUCCGGGUGGACCGGAGCGGACGCGGCACGGCCUGGGUAAAGUGCCCGGUCGAGACCGCCAAAUUAGUGACGGCACCGAAGGCUAAAUUAUACGUCGGAUGGACCGUGGUGCGCGCGACACUCUUGUCAGCGCGCAUCAUGAGGUGCUAUCGGUGCCACGAAGCCGGACAUACACGGACGACUUGUCCCUCCGAAACGGAUCGCGGAGAUCUUUGUUUCCGCUGUGGCCAGGCUGGCCACGCAAUCAAGGAGUGCGGAAACCCUCCCCACUGCGCGGUUUGCACGGCCAACGGGAGGAAGGCGGACCAUAUUGUGGGGAGUAAACCCUGCAAGAUACCGCAGAAGACCGGAAAGGGCUCCAAAAAGAGUCAGCCACCCAAGGCUGCCACACCAUCUACGGGGAACCUCAACCACAGCGCCCAAGCGCAGGAUUUGUGGUCUCAAGAGGUCCUGAAGAGGUCGAUCGACGUCGGUGUGAUUGCCGAACCGUACCGGAUCCUAGAUAGGAGUGACUGGUUGGGCGACGCGGACUCGACGGUGGCAUUGGUCUUCGGCCCGAAAAUCGUGCCUCCGCCUUCCAGGAGCACGACUCGGGGCCAUGGCUUCGUCGUCGCGGACUUGAGGGCCCUCACCGUUGUGGGGGUCUACUUUUCCCCGAACAGACCCAUCGCCGAGUUCGAGGCGUUUCUCCUCCGGCUCACCACCUUUGUGAGCGGGGCAGCCAAUCCCGUGGUCGUUGCCGGAGACUUCAACGCGAAGUCCACGCGUUGGGGAUCCCCGGCCACGGACGCGAGAGGCAGAGCCAUGGCGGACUGGCUGGCAACCACCGGCCUGAUCGUGACCAACAGAGGUGCCGCUAGCACGUGCGUCCGGUGGCAAGGGGAAUCGAUUGUGGACCUGACAUUAGUCAGUCCAUCAAUCGCUCGCCGAAUGAGUGGCUGGAGAGUCCUUGAGGAGGUCGAGACCCUCUCGGACCACCUCUACAUAGGCUUCGACAUUGCCUCCACGUCGUCGGAAGCCGGUCGCCGAAUUCCAUCCGGUGGCGGCCCAAGGUGGUCCCUGAGACGUCUGGAUCGAGACCUUCUCGAGGAGGCGGCGAUUGUUGCGUCGAUGUCCCCCCUCCCGUCGGAUGACGUCGAGGAGUGUGCGGAGUGGCUGAACGAGGCGGCUCGCAACAUAUGCGACGCCUCGAUGCCCCGUGCUGGACCGGUCGUGCCUCGGCGGCAGACCUAUUGGUGGCGCCCGGAGCUAAAACAACUCCGGCUAGAGUGCGUGGCUGCCCGCCGCCGAUUCCUGCGAUAUCGCCGACGGCGUAACAGGGUGGAGGCUGAGGAAGAGGCCAUCCAUGAGGGCUACCGCUCGGCGCGUCAUGCUCUGCGUGAGGCGAUUAAGGUGGCGAAGAAGGAGGCAUGGGAGGAGUUCCUGAACACCUUGGAGCAGGACCCGUGGGGCAAGCCUUAUAAAUGGGUGAGGCAGAAGCUUCGCCCCGCUGCCCCACCGCUAACCCAGCACAUGCAGCCGGAUCUUCGUCGCUCUGUACUCUCGGCCCUAUUUCCAUCCAGGGCCGAGUGGUCUCCACCAUCUAUGCGACCACCUAGUGCGGAGUCUGACGACGAAGAGGAGGAUGUGCCACCCGUGACGCCCGAAGAGCUAGCAUCAGCCGUACACAGGAUGAGCCUCAAAAACCGGGCUCCUGGACUGGACGGGGUCCCCGGUCGCGUCUGGGUGCUGGCCAUAAAACACUUGGAGGCACAGGUGCUCGAGGUGUUCACCAAAUGCCUGGUGCAGGGCCGAGUGCCGCGCCGGUGGAAGUCGGGCAAGCUGGUCUUGUUACGUAAAGACGGACGACCGGAGGAUCAGCCGUCGGCUUACCGCCCUAUCGUCCUUAUCGACGAGAUCUGUAAGACCCUGGAGAGGGUGAUCGUGGGGCGCCUCAACCGCCAUCUGGAAGGCGCCGGCCCGAACUUAAGCGAUGCUCAGUUCGGGUUCAGAUCUCGUCGGUCGACGAUAGACGCGGUGGCGCGUGUGCGGCAGAUUUCGGAGGAGGAAAUUUCUCGGGGUGGAGUGGUGUUGGUUGUCUCGCUGGACAUUUCCAAUGCGUUCAACACUCUGCCCUGGGAGACAAUAAAAGAAGGACUCCGAUACCACCGAGUGCCGAGAUAUUUGCGUCGCACCAUUGGCAAUUAUCUGUCAGAGCGCUCGGUGCAGUAUCCAACAGAAGAAGACUGGGAAGAGCUGGAGAUUGACUGUGGUGUCCCGCAGGGUUCGUCUCUCGGUCCGGGCCUAUGGGACAUAGGGUACGACUUCGUGCUCCGCGGCGCCAAUCUUCCGGGCGUGGAGCUCGUUGCGUACGCGGAUGACACGGCGGUCGUCUGCCGCGCCAAGUCUCAUCGAGAGGCGAAAAUCCUGGCAACAGCAGCAGUCGCUCAGGUUGUGAGGAGGAUCCAGGCUCUGGGUCUGAAGGUGGCGCUGAACAAGUCGGAGGCCCUCUUGUUCCACGGGCCCAGAAACGCGCCUCCGCCGGGCCUGGAAGUCAUAGUUAGCGGGACAAGGAUCCAGGUUGGGUCCACAAUGACCUACCUAGGUCUAGUUCUCGAUAGUCGGUGGUCAUUCAGGGAACAUUUCCGCCGGCUAUCCGAGAAAGUGAAGAGGUCCGCGGGUGCCCUUGCCUCGCUGCUCCCGAAUCUCGGGGGCCCGAGUUUGGUUUGUCGGCGCCUCUACAUGGGCGUUGUCCGUUCUAUGACAAUGUACGGGGCGCCGAUAUGGGCAGAGAGCCUGCUACCAGAGAACAGGCUGGCCCUGGGUCGGCUGCAGCGAGUGAUGGCGACGCGCGCGGUUCGCGGGUACCGCACAAUCUCCCGGGACGCGGCGUGCCUCCUCGCUGGCAGCGUCCCAUGGGACCUCGAUGCUCUUACCCUCGCCGAUGUGUACUGGCGUGGCGCUGAAGUCCGCGCGGGGGGCAGCAACCCCCUACCGGACGCCGUCCGUCGGUGGAGGGAUCGAGCCAAGGACGUGACGAUUGAGCUCUGGGAGGAGAGACUCCUGGAGCCUCAAGUUAGCGUGGCGUUGGUGCUGGCCAUGAGACCGGUACUGAGAGAGUGGUUGACCAGAAAGCACGGCGCGCUCUCGUUCCGACUCACGCAGGUGCUGACCGGGCACGGCUGCUUCGGCCGUUACCUGUGUGAGAUCGCGAACCGAGAAGAGAGUACGCGCUGUCACCACUGUGACUGUGAAAGGGACACGGCGGAACACACAGUUUCUGCCUGUCCCGCCUGGACUGGACAACGGGCGGCCCUCACGGCCGCCAUUGGAUUUGACCUUUCGCUGCCUGCAUUGGUUCGCGCCAUGGUGGGCAGUGAACCUGGAUGGACAGCGGUGCAGGACUUCUGCGAAGAGGUCAUCGCCGCGAAGGAGGAGGCCGAGCGUGUGAGAGAGCUGGAGGCGCUCGACCCCCGCCGAAGAAGACGGCCGAGGCGACGACAGGUCAUUGGUAAUGACCACUUGCCGCCUUAG